GGAAGAUCAACGUAAACAUAUUAUUACUAAAGUUUACAUACGAUAGUAAACAUAACUAUAAUGGGAAGUGCAAGUGUUUUUAAUUUUAUUUGUAGGUAUAAAAAUAUGCUAUAUCUCUUUUUUGUGUGUGUGGUUGGCAAAUCUUAGGCUCAGCCUUUUUCACAUUUGUCUCUUGUUUUAUUUCCUCUUCUUUUUUCCUUUGCUUUUGGUCCACUAAAAAACAUUAGUCUUGAGUUUGAGGCAAAAAAUGGAGAAAAACUGAGAAUUUUGAGAACAACGAAUCUUGUAAUCGUUGAAGAAGCUCAAUUACAGUUUCUGUUUCUUCCUAAUUAUGGCAACAAUAGCAGGAGGAUCAUUUGGAGUCCCAAGCUCUCGUAUCUCUAUAACAACACCAACUCUCUCUUCCUCUUCUUUGCUUCCACCACUAACAUUGCAAUCAGGUACUAGAAAGGACAACCUUUUGCGGUGUGCCUUGCAAGAGUCUUCAACUUCUGCUGUUGCUACUGAAAAGAAAAACAAAGAAGAAGGAGAAGAGUCAACAGUGGCGGUUCCGGCAAAGAAACCUAAACCCGCAGCUAAAGCGGCUGCAGUGGCGAAACCGCUGAGACAAAUGAUGGAAGAAGACGUGAUUCCUCCUUUACAAGCCAUUCUUGAAUCUCAAGAUGAUAUCUCUGACAUAGAUUUAUCUUUCCAAGACGAUAAGUUGGAAGGUUUUUUCUUAAAGAAAAGUAUUCCAUAUUCCUUUUGGGCCUUUUUCCCUACUGGAAACCUUACAGGAGCAAAAGGAUUUUCAAUUUCCUCACACGGGUCAGGUCCGAGCACCGUGGAACCAUUUCUUGUCGACGAGAGGAAACCAACUGCGAACCACGUUGUGUUUUGGGUCGAGAAGCGUCUUGCUGCACAAGGGAUCAUCCCCGUUUGGAACCAAUGAGGUUUUUGUUCACUUGUAAUUAUUACAUUUGUAUACCAAAAUUGAAGAAAACUUAUAAAUCCUUGUCAUAAAAUUGAUUAAGAAAACAAAUGACCCUCUUUUAUAAACAUCUUUCAAAAAAAAUUUGC